ACGUCGGAUGGGACCUCCCAUUGUGCAUGAUUUGGUGCAUGUACGUGCAGGUCUCCGCAUUGACCUUUCCGGAUAGAGCAGUGCCACCAGAGUGCUCUUUGGCUGACCUAUCGCCCGCCUAUCAGCUCAUGCCCAAACAGGAAAGAUUAUUGCUUUUCUUGAGAUCUAUGCAUCCAAACAGGCGAACACAGCUACUACCUAGUGAACAGUCCUUCAUCUCGUGACGGUAUGUGUAGAGCAAGCAGUGUCCGGAGUCAGGAGUUUCUUCUGCACGUUUGUUGAAAGAAGCAAGUCGGACUGUCUAUCAUCGGACGAUGUGUGCUACGGCCUUGAAAGCAUUUAUGUUAUCAGGUUUCUCUCUCUUUCUCUAGAUCCAUUGCAUCUGCCUUUCGUUUGCUGCAGGCAGUCGUUCGUUUAUUUGACCACAGGUCCUGUCAUUCUUUACCUUCUAAAUACUAUGGACCGUUUCCACACACCAAAGCGGGUACAAUCGCUAAAACGUCAUGCCACAUACGCUCGGCAAAUCUGCCGGGACGGUGUUGAUACAACUCAUGUUCGAGGUGAUAACCCUUCUCUACAGAAGCCCGGACUCACCAUCGUUACGGAAGCCGCCGUUCGAAAAGGCUUAAUUCAAAUCAUGCAAAAUCCACAAGAGAGGACGGCUGACGCUGCCGACAAAGUCCUCGAAUGCUUAGACACCGUUCUCUAUCCAAAAGCUGCAGAGAGGCCAUUUGCACAGCACGAAGCUGCUGUGAAUGAGUAUCCCAUUACCUGCAUCACUGUUUUGCCAGAAGAGACGGACUUGCAGGGUUACUCUCAACACGUCUCUCCUAAGCAACGAAAGAUGUACUCCGCCAUGCAUAAAUUCAAUAAACACAUCAAACAAGGCUCUUUGAACACACUUCCAGCACGUAAAUCCACAGGAGAUGGAAAGCCUACUUAUGGUCGGUCAAAAUCAUGGACUAGAUUUAGCCGGGCUUUGAUCCUAAAGAAGGCAUCCUCGGCCGAUACCCAAAGAUCUCCCCGACGGAAAUCCUCCACAGCAUCAUCAACCAAUAACCAAUCUGCCAAUUUCCACAGCUUGAUGCACGGAAGUUUCUCUUUGGCUGGCAUACCUGAUCCAUUCCUGUCUUCAUCAACCGCAACCUCAUCACCAACAUCGGACGUCGAAGACUAUCAUUCAUUUCGAAGUUACCAAGUUCCACCAGCGACACGAAACCCACCAAGGCACCAGCAGCGACAGAAUAGAAUAAAUUGUCGUGACGUUGACUCAGCAUAUUUCUCGGACAGUCAAAAAUCAGUUGAGAGCUUGAGCCCCAACAAAUACUACUUGAACGACGAGGACAUAGCGACUGUAAACGGUAAAUGUUCUUCAGCAAAUGUACAAACAAGCCAAAAUUUGAUCAAACCGCCUCCUUUCAGGCUUGACUUUGUGUCUUCACCACUUCCUGGAAGAAAAGCCCUAGGUCAUACCGAGACUCAGAUCCAUAGUCCGCAAUGGCCAUCCAACACAAGCAACUCACAGCCUUUGAAGCCGCGUCUACAGACACAAUGUUUCCUCUCUGCUGACAACAUUUCCUGUAAAUCAGAUUUAUCUCCGAAGCCACCAUCUCCACUGCGUGAGAGACCUUUGCUGGACAUUGAACGUAAUCAUAGGAGGACCUUUAGCAAUGGAUCAAAUACGCUAGAGAUUACGGUAUACAUGGAUUCAGAGCAUGAAGAUGCCAUUGGUGAACAAAAAUAUGAUUCAGCAAAGGAAUCUGAUAGGACGGAUGGCGUCGUACGCGAAAAUAUUAUCCCAAGACCACUCUUCUUCCAUAACAUUGUCCCGGCGCUUCGCGAAGAAGCUGAAUCGACAGAAGCAGCAAAGAUGCCAUGCAAGUCGUUAGAACGAGCAAAAAAGAAAGAAUUCAACCCAGCAUACACGCCAAGACCUAACAAACCCGGGUUUAAGCUUUACGACAGCUAUCACAAGGCAGAAUCUCGCAAAUCGGCCCAUAUUGGUCCAUACCUUCGUGAUCAGACAUAUGAUCCUAGCUCAGCGAAGGGCUUUGGAUGCAAAACCCAUGUUCAAAGUUCAAUUGUCAAAAGUCUUCUCCAGAGUAGCAUGAUCCUGCAUGAUGCAGCCGUGAAAGAUCCCUUGGAGGAAGCCUUGGAGAAGGCGAGCAAGUACAGGUCGCGGAGCAAUCAGCUGAUGCAGAACAUAUCAGAUACACUCGAUAAGAUGAUGAAGGAUAGGGAUACAAGAGGGGAACAUGAGCAUAAGAAAGACAUUCUGUAGGUCCGGGAAUGCAAGUUUCUCAGACAACACAGCACGUAUAUCACGAACAGGCUUUGCUGUUACUUUUUAUUAGCCCCCUCAGCAUUAACACUGUUGAUAGUAAUCUU